AUGGUGUAUGGACAAGUUUUUUACCACCAGAGCAUUGAGGAAGAUCUGGUUAACAUCAACGUUGGAGGUAUCCAGCACUUUCACACUUUGGAGGAGCUCUGUGUGUUUUGCUUCAUGCAGGAGAUGGAAUACUGGGGCAUUUGUGAGCAUGCCUGCUGUCUCGAUUGGUUUCUGGAGCGAAAAGACGAGAAGGAAGAGAAUUGGUCUGUUCGUGAAGCGUCGUCCAGAGAGGUUCUGGUCAUCGAGGAUGAUAUGGACUUUGAGGGCACGUGGUGCUCAGAUAUACAUAGGUUACUGUGGCGAACACUUGAAGAUCCCAAUUACUCCAGAAGUUCGAAAGGCGUCGCAUUGUGCUCGGUCAUGGUCGUUCUGACCUCCAUCGUGGCCAUGUGUGUCCACAGUGUGUCCGAAUUCCGGCACAUUGAUAACGAGUAUUCUGCACUGGCCUGUUUGGAGUUGAUCUGUAUUAUUUUCUUCUCGGUGGAGUUCGCCUUGCGGGUGGUCGCUGCUCCUCGGCUGUGGAGGUUUUUGGGAGAUCCUUUGGAUAUGAUCGACAUUACUUCCAUCUUGCUCCUUGCCUUCGAAGGUUUGGACGAGGAGGACACGGAGGACACCCAAGGUCUAGUCAAUAUCGGACAAGUGGUUCAGGUUCUCCGGUUGAUGAGGGCAUUCAGGGUCCUGAAGCUCGCGAGACAUUCAGAAGGCAUGAGAGCCUUGGGGGAAAUGCUGAUACAUUGCCACCAUGAGGUGGAUCUUCUCGUUCUUUUCAUUACCGUUGGAAUAUCGUUCUUCUCAACGUUGAUCUACUAUACCGAGAAGGAGGACGCUUCGUCCAAGAUGUCUUCCAUUCCUUAUUGUUGGUGGUGGACCAUUGUUUCCAUGACAACAGUGGGCUACGGAGAUGUGUAUCCACAGACAGCGACCGGGAGAAUAGUAGCUAGCCUUUGCAUUCUCUGUGGUCUGCUGGUUGUUUUCUUACCCAUUACCACAAUCAUGAACAACUUUUCUAAAUAUUUAGUGAGAAAUAAUGCAAAAAGGUGCAUCAUAAUAAACUUUGCCACCUUACCAAUUGCUUUAAUAAGUUAG